AUGAAUACUCACAUAAUACCAUCGGUGGAUGACGUGGAUCCCGAUGUCUUAACAAAUAUGACAUCUUUGGGCUGUUUUAAAGACAAGGAAAAGCUUUUAAGAGACCUCCUCUCCACAAAUCACAACACCGAAAAAGUUAUAUAUUUCUUACUAUUGGAUCGGAAGAGGCGUCGGCCCUGUUUUGAGGACGAGACCGAGUCUAUCAUUAGGAAUCGAUCAGAAUCUGCGGAUCCGCCGCGAAAACGAGUUGAUGUGAGGCCCGGCGGCUCUUCAACCCCGAGACACACUCCGGAUAUAUUAGCCGAGGGGUCGCCUAUCACUCCACGAAGAUUUCCCUAUGGAAUCAAUUCCUCGACAAAAGAGAAGUGCAAACAGGAGGGCAAACGGCUCGACAAAUAA